AUGGGCAGUGCCAGCCCCGGGCUGACUGCUCUGCCCCACAGCCGUCUCGCCCGGCCCCUGCCCUGCCUGCUUUCUGCCUGCAUCGACAUGCUCCCCGAGCAGCCCCUGCCUGCUUUCUGCCUGCACUACUUCGACAUGCUCUACUCGGAGGACGUCGCCUGGGCCACCAAGGGCAUGGGGGAACCGUCGCAAAGCAAUGCCCAAGGGGGGCGAGGGGAGGCGCAGAAGGAGCCGGAGCAAUGUCCCAUCAUCGACAGCCAGGGCUUGGGGCUGGGGGCCGAGGGGGACCUGCAGGCCAGCCUGCACCUGGAGGAGCACUCGCUGGAGCAGGUGCAGAGCAUGGUGGUGGGCGAAGUGCUGAAGGACAUCGAGACAGCCUGCAAGCUCCUCAACAUCGCCGCAGACCCCGCGGACUGGAGCCCCGGCAACGUGCAGAAGUGGAUCCUGUGGACAGAGCACCAGUACCGGCUGCCGCAGAUCGGGAAGUCCUUCCAGGAGCUGUCGGGAAAGGACCUGUGUGCCAUGUCCGAGGAGCAGUUCUGCCAGCGCUCGCCCACCUGCGGUGACAUCCUGCACGCCCACCUCGACAUCUGGAAGUCUGCCGCCUGGAUGAAGGAAAAAGUCUCCCCGGGAGAUGUGAGAUACUGCGGAGGUGAUGCCAGCUGGGCGGACAGCGAGGUGGACUCAUCCUGCGCCGGCCAACCCAUCCACCUCUGGCAGUUCCUCAAAGAGCUGCUGCUGAAACCCCACAACUACGGCCGCUUCAUCCCCUGCAUCUUCAAGAUCGAGGACUCUGCGCAAGUGGCCCGUCUGUGGGGCAUCCGGAAGAACCGCCCGGCCAUGAACUACGACAAGCUGAGCCGCUCCAUCCGGCAGUAUUACAAGAAAGGCAUCAUCCGGAAACCCGACAUCUCCCAGCGCCUCGUCUACCAGUUUGUCCACCCGGUCUGA